AUGCUUCUAAACCCCAAAAUGAAAAACCUAUCUUCAAAAACCCAAUUGGAUUUCAGACGAAAAUACCCUCCGAAAGACUGUACUAGUAAUAUCGCAAAUCUCCACAUCAUUAUCUUCAACUUGGAAUUUGUAUAAGGGCAUUGUCGUCAACCAAAAAAUAUCACCGGCAGCGCCCUAAUUUCUCGUCUCUCUGUUUUUCUUUUUCUCCAAGCACGUUCGUUCUCUCUCUCUCUCUCUCUCCCUCUUCGCUUUACAAACUUCUCCUACAAGGCCAGACCAGCCCAAUCUAUAUUGAAACCCAAAUUUUAAUUCUGAUUUUGCCCCUCCAGUUCCUCAGCCAUGUUCGUGUCUAGGGUUUUAACUCGUGCCUCAAGGACCCUCCCCAGGAGCACAAUGCUCUUCGCCGCUCCACAAAAUCAUCACUUGCCAAUCCUAUGCAAUCAGUCCCAAGCUCUGAUCCACGAUUUUUCCAUUAAGUUUUCUCCAAGGCAAGUGUCUCUGUUGCAUCAUUCAACCCCUAGUUCUUCAAUCUCUCAAAUAUUUGGAUUCUCUUCGUCUGCAUCGCCACAGCCUUCAGAAAGGGAGCAUGGAAGUGCUGCAGAGAAUGGUGGUGCUUCCACAAAUGGAGAGCCAGCAAAAGCAAGUGGAGAUGCUAAAGUUUCUGAGCAAACAAAAGAAUCAGGUUACACUUCAGAUUCCCAGUCUAAGAAGUCUCCUUCUGUCAAAAGAAGGAGGGGAGGUACUAAACGAACUGCAUUUUCAGAUUCAGAUUCAGAGGGUGAGGGUGACUUAGGUUUCGAUGAUCUGGUAAAACUUGUGGCUGAGAAGGAAGAACUUCUGAAGCAGAAACAUGAAGAAAUCAAGAGUAUGCAAGAUAAAGUCCUCCGAAGUUAUGCAGAGAUGGAAAAUGUCAUGGACAGAACAAGGCGUGAAGCAGAGAAUUCGAAGAAAUUUGCCGUACAGAAUUUUGCAAAGAGUUUACUAGAUGUUGCGGACAAUUUGGGGAGAGCUUCUUCAGUUGUCAAAGACAGUUUCUCAAAACUUGAUGAGUCUAAGGAAUCUGGUGGAGCUGCACCACUACUAAAAACACUUCUAGAAGGUGUUGAAAUGACUGAGAAACAACUUAUAGAGGUAUUUAGAAAGUAUGGAGUAGAAAAGUUUGAUCCUACAAAUGAAGCAUUUGACCCAAACAAGCAUAACGCUGUAUUUAAUUUAGAAGAUGCUUCCAAGCCUCCAGGCACUAUUGCUGUAGUUCUCAAGCCCGGAUACAUGCUUUAUGACCGAGUUGUUAGGCCAGCUGAAGUUGGUGUAACUACAGCACCAGAGAACAAUGCAACUGAGGAUAAUGCUGGCAAUUGAAUUGCAGCUAACAAAAGAAGUUUCAAGUAACGGCCUUGUGGUAAUAACGUUUCCAAUUUUUUUGAAUAUGUUUGAGAAACUUGAAUGAGAUCAAAUCUUAUUCCUGUGACAUCCAUAAGCUUAUUAUCCAGUUGCAAUUUUUUUUUUCUGCCCAAUCUUUUAUAUAAAUCCUUGUACUAUAAUAUUAUUUAGACGAUACCGCAGAUCUGGUUACUCUAGAAUUUUCAAGUUUAUAAGUAGAGUUUUGAUUUUGAGUUUGUGUAUGGUAUCAAAUGUCACGACCGUCCAUGGUUGCAAGUAGUUGCUUGUGUUUUGGUU